AUGAGCUGGCGUAGAGACCUUUUUGUUCGGCAAGAGGAUGGGGGGCCUGCUUUAUCUCCUGCGUGUAUAAGCCUUUGCAAUCAAGCCUUACAAAUUAUGCAGAAGGAAGGGAAAACUCCCACUCUUUGCAAAGACUCCGACUUCCGUGGUGCCGUAAAUGAAUGCAACAAAUGUCUUACCUCGCACCCUCCCACCCAGAACACAACCGAGUUGGUUGUAACCGAUCCGUUCUUCCGGCUUAUAUCUUACUGCGACUUUGUGGUGCAUACUAUUACGGGAUCUUUUACACUGACGAAUGGCCAGGUAGCAACCGUGGUCUACGUGGUGCCGGAAAAGUUGUCUGUUACUACCUCUACUACGACAUCUAGUGUACAUACAAGUAAUGGGUCUUCCAGAUUCGCAACAUCGACAUCUUCCAACAGCCAGAGCGUGACCUCAAGCCCAUCUAUUCCUGCUAGUCCAUUACCAGAUGGGCAACGAAGUGACGCCUGGAUAGCAGGUCCUGUUGUCGGCUCUAUCGUGGGUUUCGCCAUCAUAUGUGGUGCUUUGUUUUAUUUUUGGAGGAGACCUGGACAAAAACAGCAAGCCAACCAUGAUGCGACAUAUGACAAAGCGCAACUGCAUUCUGACAGCGCGCCUAAACCGGAGCUUGAUUCUCAAGCAAUUCAUGAAUUGGAUGCUUUUCCAAUGCGAACCGAGAUGCCUGUCAAUGAGGCAUCUGCAGCGGAGUUGUCAACAAGUAAUGAGGCCGAAAGCUUCGAAGUGAGCGUCACGAGGGAUCUAAACCAGGUGCUAUCCGGCUCCGAUACUUCUGAUCCUACAAGUCAUCGUACACAUGUACACACAUAG